UGUCAGAGGCAAAAUGGCGGCGGCGGUGGCCGGGGCCGCCCUGCUGGGCAAGGGGCUGGACAUCAGCCUGGCGGCGCUGCAGCAGCACGACCCCUACAUCAGCAGCAUCGUGGACGUGGCCAGCCAGGUGGCGCUCUACACCUUCGGGCACCGCGCCAACGAGUGGGAGAAGACAGAUGUGGAAGGAACACUGUUUGUUUAUACAAGAUCAGCUUCUCCAAGGCAUGGCUUCACAAUUAUGAACAGGCUGAGCAUGGAAAAUCGAACGGAACCAAUUACUAAAGACCUUGAUUUCCAACUGCAGGACCCUUUUCUACUUUACAGAAAUGCCAGAUUGUCCAUAUAUGGGAUUUGGUUUUAUGAUAAGGAAGAAUGCCAAAGAAUUGCAGAGCUCAUGAAAAACCUAACUCAGCAAGAGCAAUUCAAAGCACAGCAGGGCACAGGAACAGGAGUGUCCCCUAUGGUCAUGAAUUCUGCUAAUAACAAAGAAGUGGAUAUCUUACGGAUGCUUACCAAGGCCAAAGAUGAGUACACUAAGUGUAAGACCUGUUCUGAGCCAAAACAAAUAACUAGUUCCUCUGCAAUCUGUAACAACCCCAACCUAAUCAAACCAAUUCCAGUGAAGCCUAAUGAAAAUCAACAUCAACGAAUAUCUCAGCAAAGCAAGAAUGCAGAUCCUGAACCGCAACACUUGUCUUUGACAGCCCUGUUUGGAAAACAAGAGAAAACAGAUGUCACAGAACCACUUAAUAAACAGCAUCAAGAGAACCUUCCUGUUAGGCAGGGUGUGGUACGUUCUCUUUCCUAUGAAGAACCUAGCAGGCAUUCUCCCUGUGCAGAGAAACAGCUUUGCCCUGCUAUUCAGAAGCUUAUGGUGCGUGGGACAGACCUUCACCCGCUUGCUGAGUUUCCUGAGAACCGGCUCUGUGAAAAUGGCAAUAUCCACCCUGUGGGUGAGACUUUCACAGGACUCUUCCAGCCUGUGACUUCUCGUGGCAUUGCUACAUCUCAUGUAGUUCAGGAUGCUGCUGGUACUCAGAGUUUGUUACAGAAAUUACAGAGUCAGUCAGGGUCGAUGACUAAAAUGGAUCCCAGUGCAACAGGAUCUGUGAACUCAACAGCUUCUGUGUUCAGCAGGACUCCUGCUGCUGUUGGAGCGCCAGCAGCACAGAUGAAUAAUAUGACCCAGCCACCUUUGGUAUAUUUCAAUGGUUCCCUGCCAGGUCAGACUUUAGAGUCUCAGACGCUUGGUAAAGAACAGUCCAAACUUCCUAGACAGCCAGUUUCUCUCUCUGGCAAUCAGACAGCCAGUUCUGGGGUGAUAUCACCUCAGGAGUUGUUGAAGAAGCUCCAGAUAGUGCAACAAGAACAGUUGCACGUAUCCAGCAGACCAACCUUGGCAGCUAAGUUUCCUGUUGUUACUCAGAACACCAACACCUUGAAACCACUGGAUUCCUGGAUAGAAAAGGCACCGGGUACGGAAAAGCAGAGCUCUCUCUUUCAGGUAAUCUCACCUCAGCGCAUUCCUGCCACUGUGACUCCUACCUUAUUGAUGUCCCCAAUGGUGUUCACUCAGCCCACACCUGCUGCACCAAAGGCCAAUGAAAGUGGGCUGUUAGCAGCACCAAACCAAGAACCUGCUGCCAGUUCUGCUAACCUUCUCCUACCACUGCAAACCCCAGAGCCACCUGUGAUCACCAGCAACUCAGUGACAAAGAUGCAGCUGCAGGAAACACUUCUACACCUGAUCCAGGUAAAGUACCCAGAGUUCUUCUACUUCAAUUUAAACCUUUAUUCCCACUUUGAUAUAAGCACCUGGUCACUUAAGCACCUGGGCAUCUAAUGAGUUGUAUUCAUCUGUCUGGAGGCUAAGGGGGUAAUUAAGAAUGUGCUGGAAGUUGUGCUUUUUAUGGCUGUGUUAAUUGAGCACUAUUCCAUAGACCAGGGAGGUAAUAGACUCUUGCAUACUGCUAGCUUAAAUGCACUGUGAUUAAUCAAUGCAGUUUGAGAUUUGGGAGGGAUGAUUAGGGAGAAUUGAAGGAAAAGAAUAAAGAUGACUGAAAGCUUCAAAAGGCUGUCCUGAGAGCUGGAAAAACACCUGUUGAAUUUUUAGCAAAGUAAAGGUUGUUUAUCUUAGCAGGCAAAUACUUCAAAGAGGCAUGCUAGCAGCAAGAAGAACUCAGAUGGGAAGUGUGAGCAACUUUAAAAUAUGGGUUAGAUAACCUAACAACAUGCUAGUUCAGUCUGUUCUGUGUAAUUCUCUACUUGAAAUGCUAAAAUUCCUCUUGCUAGAAUUAUUCAAUCUUAAAUCUGAGAAAGCAUUAACAGCAUAUAGGAGAUGAUUGUUUACUGCUCUGGGAUUACAUGAAUGAUUAUGAUUUUUUUUUUUAAGUAACUUGCUUUGAAAUUAGUACCUGGAGACUGGAGUUUGAGACUGUAGAAUUAAAGAACUGGCUAUAGUACAUAAUGAAUGGAGGCACAAGUUGAAGUGUCCAAUUUGUAGGCCUAACUAUAUGGCUUGGCAAUACAAUAUGUCUUUAUUGGAAUGCUGAAGUGACUCACAUAAAAUGAAGUUUAAAUUAUAAACUUGAGAAAUAAAAUAGUAUCUUUUAGACAUUAGCUGUUCUUCUCGUUGUCCUCUUUAUUUUUAUGUUGGGUUUAAAAAGAACAGUACUGUAAUAUUCUGUCUUAUAUACGUGGAAUAUCUGGAUAGUAGGAAAACCGUGUAUGAAAGUGAAAAGGAGACUACUUGUCAAAGAAAACUAGAUUCUGCUCUGAAAUUGUGUUUGUAAAAUGCAUUUGCAGUCCCGCUGUUCUUGAUGACAGCUAGGAUUAACUGUGUUACCUGGAAAUUAUAUACUGCUUAAUGACAUGAUGCUGAUUGCUAGUUUCUUAGCUAUCAUUUUCAGUUAUAUAACACUACAAUCUCAGUUGCUCCUGGUUUUCCUCAAGGACUACCCUGAUUUGAAUUAUCUUCAUAUGUUUAUGUAAGCUACUUAAGACAUUUUUUCUUAAUGUAAGUUUGCUAGUUCUUGAAAAAAAUGGUCUUCUAAAGAGAAAAGCUAAACAUGCAUCAGAGUAAAAGGAGCAGUGCGUGGUAGGAGCGUUAAGUCUAAAAUAAUUAAACAGUCUAAUAGUGAUAGGAAUAGGGGCAAUGGUUUUAAACUAAAGGAGGGGAAUUUUAUGUGAGAUGUUAGGAAGUAAUUUGUUACUCAGAGAGCUGUGAGGCCAUGGCCCACGUUGCCCAGAGAAGGUGUGGGUGCCCCAUCCCUGGAGGUGCUCAGGGCCAGGUUGACUGGGUGGCAGCCCUGCCCAUGGCAGGGGGUUGGAGCUGGAUGAACUUGAAGUUACUUCAAGCCCGAGGCAUUCUGUGAUAAACAAGAUGGAAGUGUUUGUCCAGGUAGGUUUUAGUAUAGGAGCAAAACCCAAAGUGUUCCACUGUUCCUACGGAAACAAUUAUAAUAAUCAAUGAACUAAUGGAAGAAACUUAAGGAAACUAUUAGGUAAAUGGGGGCAAAGAGAAGAAAUUACAGGAUUAUGUCAUAGAAUCCUCAGAGUUAGUUGGGACCCAUCUAGUCCAACUCCCUUGCAAUGAACAGGGGCAUUAGAUUAGGUUAGUUAGAUCAAGUUGUUCUGAGCUGUAUUCUCUGCAGUAUCAUGUAAGAACAGUGUAGUCAAGAUAAAUCAAUGUGAGUUUAGAAAGUUUACUUUCUGUCUAUUCAUUACUACUUAUAGAGUUGUGCUUCCCAUCCAGUUAUAUAUUACAUCCAAGCCAUAGAAUAUAUGUUUGUACAGGAAAUAACUCUUCUGUUGUAUGCUUCUUAAGACAGAGGAGGGUUGAAAAGUAUUUUGUCUGUGAAAUGAAAGAAGAACCUUAUCUGUGUACUCAAGAAUGUCUUCUGUGUAGUAAUGAUUGUGUUUUGUUUUUCAGAACGAUGACAACUUCUUAAACAUUAUUUAUGAAGCGUAUCUCUUCAGUGUGAGAAAGGCAGCAAUGAAGAAAUCCAUGUGAAAGAUGUUUUU